UUGAAUGAAGACUCAAAGUGGGUGUCUUCCAGUGGAAACAGAGUGGGUGUUGAGCGUGUUUCCUGCUGUCGAUCACUCUCCGUGUCCAUGAGGAUGUCACCGUCAUGUUCUUGCUAGCUAGUCUUUCUGCUGCUUCCUCUCGCUGCCUGAAAAACACCACGACACAGGCAUUUUACAAGAAAUGCGACGUCAUACAAAGAAGAAACAUGCAGUGUUGCUAUUGCUGCUCCUUGCUGGUGGCAUCUACUUCAUCAGCCAUCCAGACAAAAGCAUCACUGUCUGGAAAGAGCCAGAAGAGCCAGUGUUAAUGAACACAACAUGGACGGGAGGAAGGUCGGUCAGUAUGGAGUCCUGGGUGGAACAGGGAGACUACCUGCCCCUCAAUGUCACCUAUCAGCUGCUUGCAGGGGUACCAUCCACUCAGUCGAGGUAUUUAUCUAUUGGACUAUCGUCAGUGAAGAGGAAAAAGGGCAGCUAUCUGAUGUCCACGUUGCAGUCCCUCUUCCAGCAGUCGUCGUCUGAAGAACACUCUUCAAUGGUGGUUGUCGUGCUGCUUGCAGAUUUGGAUGUUAGCUGGAGGAUGACCACAGUGAUGAGCAUCAAAACAGGAUUCUCCUCCGAGCUAGAGCAAGGUCACCUGUUGGUCAUUCAUGUCCCUGAGGAAUGUUAUCCACCCGUUAAAGGUCUAAAGAGGAACUACAAUGAUCCUCCAGAAAGAGUAUCAUUCCGUUCUAAGCAAAACCUGGACUAUGCUUUCCUGAUGCACUACAGCUCGGGCCUUAGCAAAUACUACCUUCAGCUGGAGGAUGAUGUCUUGUCUGCAAAGAACUUUCUAACCACCAUCAAGAGGCACGUUGACGAGCAAGAAGCGAAAAAGACGACCUGGGCAAUGCUGGAAUUCUCCAGCCUUGGCUACAUCGGGAAACUCUACAACUCGGCUAACCUCCCUCUUCUAGCUCGCUUUCUCUUCCUUUUCUAUCAAGAAAUGCCCUGCGACUGGUUAAUGUCUCACUUUCGACUGCUGCUGACUCAGAAGCAGCCUAUCCUUAUCAAGCCUUCACUAUUCCAGCACAUGGGGACCUUCUCCUCAUUCCAAGGGACUUAUAACAAGCUAAAAGAUAAGGACUUUGAGGAGAGUUUCUACACCAAUCCUCCAGCUGAGGUUUACUCUGACAUGUCCUCCUAUCAGAAAUACUUUCCCAAACUGGCCUGGGAGGCCGGGGAGGGAUUCUUCUGGGGUCGCUCCCCUGAGGAAGGCAACUAUUUGACUGUGGUGUUCACAGACCCCAGAGUGGUGGCGGGAAUAACUGUAGAAACCGGGACAGAGGGGAAGGACAUGUUGGGCUCUGCACUGGUGGAAUUGGGACACGGCGUGAUCACCACUGCAGACAAGGAGAAAACCUGCAAGAACUUCCAUAUAGUGGGCUCUAUUGAGAAUGGCAGGUUUGCGAAGCAGCAGGUAGACAAAAACUAUGACGCCGCUUCUUCAUGCUUGAGAAUACGAGUCACUGCAGGGCAGAAGGAGUGGGUCGUCAUUAGUAAAAUCAGGAUCUCAACAAAGCCAAGCACACCUCAACAUCAAGCACAGAUGUGAACGUUUCUUAUCAAGAUACAUUUUCAAAGUAUAAAGGAUGCCUCACCUGGGGCGGGGGGUGCCAGAGGACUUAAAGUAAGGCGCAUCAGCUUGACAAAAAGGAAAAAAAAAUACUUUAACUAUAUUUGCAUAUGUUUGCAUUUUUGUGGACUGAUCCGGAUGAUGCCCUUCUGCUACGAUGACACCAGACACCCACGUUUGUUGACCAAGACGUGGGAUGUUUUGGAGCUGCAGUCGCAGAAAAAGAAAUAUUGAAACACGUACCGAACCAAAGUGUCAAAAUAUCAGUUAAGUGAUUACUCACACAGGGAACAAUAGUCAACAAUAGUACGUAUGAGAAAACUGACCUAUUUACUUCUUUAUGCAUCUGGGGAAUAGUUUUAUCCACAACGUAGUGGCGGCUAAGAAUAAUGUAGCGACUCGCGAGGCUUGAGGUGCUCAAUUACUUGCCAUCGAGCUCAAUAAAUUGGCCUUUUUAGCCAAUUACUCUUUGCCUUCCCGUUGGGAGUUUCUCACGCAUUGCAAAUGUUUUGGUUGUUCGAGAGAGCCAGAGGUUUAUUUCUUUGCUCCAUGCAGUUUUUGGGAUGGUGCUCAAAUGCGCGAUGGGGUUGGUCGUAUUAAACUUCCCUGGUUCUAUGCCACAACAGGAGACAGGUACAGUUUUGUACUCAGCUGCAACGAAAAAUACUGCCACAGGGCCAACAUCACUCCCACUUCUAUUUUGUUAGUGGGCUGUUUUCUGGCGUUGCUGGAUAGACGUGCUGGAGCAAAGUCUGGAAUGGACUGCUUGUAUUAGAUUGCUUAUAUCGGAGAUUUUAGAUGCAAUCCGAUGUAAUCCGACAUACGUUUUUUGGCUGAUAUCGGAUUGGGUCACCCCUAAGUAUUUCAUAGGUUGAGACUACAAAUCCAGCACCAUGCACAAUGAUAACUGUUUUGGUUAGACCACUUAUACAACAAAAAUCACUACCUUCAAAUUUCACAAAAGUAUGAAAUUGUGAUUGUGGCCUAAUUUUGUUUCACAAUGAGUGAUCUUAAGACGUUCAGGGGAAGCCCCAGCUGUUUAAUGCUCUGUACUUCGUAACAGGAGGCUCAUCCACAGUUAAAAAAAAACAACUCCCUGUGGUCUCCCUCCAGAUAGUGUACAUAUGUGAUUUGUGCCUUUUUGUAAUAAAGUAUUCAAACGAGCUCUUUUACACAGCAGCUUUCUAUUGCUGUCGUAAUAAAAAAAUAACUUAAAUCAGAAUCUGUUUGAAUAGUCUAGUAAUUAUUACAGCUACCAUAGAACUUGUGUUGUAAAUUUGGAUAGUGGUGAAGCUCUAGUGACUCAGUGGGCUUCAUGAAGUUUUUUGGAGUUGAGUCACAAGUCAUGGGGUUAGAGCCAAUGUGUGCUCAGGGGAUUGUUGUUUUUCUCAAACUUCUUCAAGAUGGAUUUAGGUUGUGAGACACAAUGUACUCAAACACACAAGAAGGUCAACACAGAGGGCCUUGCAGCUAGUGACUUUUUCCUUUCCUAAAAUGUAAAUAUUUCACUUCAGAAAAUGGAUAGUUACUUCCUCAGCCACAUAGCCUUUCUACACUUCAGGUUUUCUAGUGUAUAAGGUAGCACUUUACAAUAAGGUACACAAAAUUACAGAAGUUAAUGAGGAACGACCCUAUCUAACCGUAACCAAUACU